GCUGGAGUGUCUAUCCCACCAAAAAUGGGGAUAAAAACUGUUGAAGGCUAUGAAAUUAAUUUUGGAGUGAACCAUCUUGGUCACUUCCUAUUAACAAAUCUAUUGGUGGACAGGUUAAUAGCUUCAGCUCCAAGCAGGAUUGUAAUUGUAUCAUCAAAACUACAUGAACAAGGAUCAAUGGAUUGGGAAGGUUUUGAGGGUACUAAAGAGUUUGAAGGAGGAAAACGGGGUCCUAAUGCCGCCUAUUGCAGCUCAAAAUUAGCCAACGUGUAUUUCGGAAUAAAGCUCGCUGAGAAACUCGAAAGUCGAGGAGUAAGUGUAUACACAGUGUGCCCAGGCUGGAAUUAUACUAAGCUUUUUCGUUAUUCCUCUGUUCUAUUUUAUUCGUGGAUUGCCAUUAUACCGAUUGCAUUUUGGUUCAUGAAACCUGCGAGGAUUGGAGUUCAAACUCUGAUUCACUGCGCAGUGUCCGAAGAUACGGAGAAUGAAACGGGACUUUUCUAUCGUGACUGUAAGGUUUAUCAAAGUCAAGCUAACUUAAAUACCAAGACGAUUAAUGAACUAUGGGAGUUAAGCUGUAAAUUAUGUAAAAUCGAAUGGUAGUAAGGCUCAGUUCAAUACACUUAUUAGUAAUGUGA